AUGCCUUCAUGGAAAGAAGCUAAGCGUCAACAAAGAAUACCAGGAGAAAGAGAAAACUCGCCAGCUGAAAAUGCAACAUAUAGCAUAUUACUUGGAGAAUUUCGACUCAUGGCAUUUUUUAUAUAUGUGGACCUACAGAUUUUCAUUAUUAUUAUAGUUUUUCUUUUUUAUCUGCUGUGUGUGCUAGGAAACCUGCUUAUUACAACACUUGUGUGCGCAGUGUCCCAGUUACACACCCCAAUGUAUUUCUUCCUAUGCAAUUUAGCUAUACAGGACAUUGUAUACGUCUCUGCUUUUCUGCCAAAACUUUUGGUCCUCACUAUCACAGGUGACUCCAGAAUAUCGUCUAUAGGAUGUGUUACUCAAAUGUUUUUAUAUGGAUUUUGUAUUGAUACAGAAUUUUUCCUGCUCACCUCUAUGGCUUAUGACCGCUUUGUAGCCAUUUGCAUUCCCCUGCGCUAUUCUAUAAUCAUGAACCAAAGGACUUGCGCGCUAUUAGCCUUUUUUUCUUGGCUCGCUGGUGCCUUAAAUUCAUUGAUGUUCUCUCUACAGAUGACCAAAUUAUCUUUCUGCAAUGUACAAGAGAUCAAUCAUUUCUUCUGUGAUCUUCCAACCAUGAUGAAACUCUCUUGCAGUGACACCACUAGUAUCAGGAUUUUCGUAACUGCAGAUGGUAUUCUAUUGGGUUGGUUCCCUUUUAUUAUGAUUUUAACUUCCUAUAUACACAUCAUAUUGACAAUCUUGAAGAUUCGAUCAACAGCAGGUCGGAUGAAGACUUUUUCCAGUUGUUCUUCACAUCUUAUGGUGGUUAUUAUAUUUUGUGGGUCUGUUUUAUGCUUAAAUAUGAAACCAGAGUCUGAAAAAUCUCAGGAAUUAGACAAACUGCUCUCCAUACUGUACAUCGGCGUGGUUCCCAUGGUAAAUCCACUUGUGUAUAGCUUAAGGAACAGAGAGGUUUUGGAAGCAAUAAAAAUAGUUUUUAAAAGAUAUCUGAAAUGUUCAAUGUUAUAA